CGGGGGCCGGCUUAAGAACUGCCCGUAAGAGGAGCGGCUUCAGGGCCAGGGCGGCACGUUUGGGCGCCUGCUUUGAGGCUCCCUAGAAGCUGCUAGGUCGGGAACGCGGUCCGCAGCCACGGGGGGAAGGGGGUGGGUGGGCUGAGAGCAGCUCGGCGGCGAGGCCGGCCUGCCGCCCCUUCCCCCCACGUCCGUCGACCUUGUGGGCAGAGGCUUCCCGGAGCUCCUCACGCCGGCGGGAUGGCGACUGCGGCGGAGACGGAGGCCUCUCCGCCGACGGACGCGAGUUGGGAAAGUGGCGGCGGCGGCGGAGACGAAGAGAUGAAGCAGGCGCUUCCGGACCUUGAGUCUUCCCCACAAAAUGGCGGCGGCGGCGGCGGCCUCACCAUCGCGGAGCCCAGCAGCGGCCCGGGGCCUGAGGAGACCACGGCGUCCGAGGCCGCCCAGAGCCUCAGCCACGAGCAGCCUCAGGAGUCAUCUGAGACGGGCGCGGCCGCACUGCCCAAAGGCCCCGAAGAGCCCGAAAGGCCUGUUAGGAGGAGUUUUCAGAUCCCCAGGAAGAGCAGAGAAAAGAAAGCACUUUUCCAGCCACUAACACCAGGCUCUCGAGAAUUUGAAGAUGUUUUAAAUAUUCUCCAUUCAUCUUACCUCGAACCAACUUCAGUAGCAAAUUUUAACUACAAACGUGCUUGCUUGAUACAUAAUGAGCUUUUGGAAAAGGAGUUUGCAGAAAAGCGAAGAGAACUGAAGUCUGAUGGUCGUUUAGAUAAGGAACUUUCAGAAUCCUAUGCAUUUCUCAUGGUUGAUAGAUAUCAGGUUCAAAGUAUAUGUGAAAAAGGAUUACAGGUGGGCCAGUCCAAAAUAACAAUUCUUGGCAGACCUUCCAUGGGUGUCUAUCUUUCUAGGUAUGCUGAUUUAUUGCAAGCUAACCCUUUGGAAGCUGGGGCAGUGGGUGAUGUUGUUAUUUUUAAAAUAAUGAAGGGUAAAAUAAAGAGUAUAUAUGAUCCCAUGGGUGUAAAAAGUUUGGAGUCUAUGUUAAAUAAAAGUGCUUUGGACCCCACACCAAAACAUGAAUGUCACGUGUCGAAGAAUGCCAGUAGAAUUACAUCACUUUUGGCUUAUAGAGCCUAUGAGCUUACUCAGUAUUAUUUUUAUGAGUAUGGCUUUGAUGAACUAAGGCGAAGACCAAGGCACGUUUGUCCGUAUGCAGUUGUGUCUUUUACUUACAAAGAUGAUAUACAAACUGUAAAAUUUGUAUCUUCAUCCAGGUCUAACAGUUUUAACACAGAUAGAAACAUAGAUAAAUUUAACUAUACCUUGUGGAAAGGACAACUUUUAAAUAAAGGAAAGCUUCUGUGUUAUAUUUCUCUGAGGUCAGCCACUCGUGCUUUUUUGCCUAUCAAACUUCCUGAGAAGUUAGAUGUUGAAACAGUUAUGAGUAUUGAUCAUCUGAAGCAGAAAAUUCCACCAGCACUCUUUUACAAAGAAACAUACUUAGGUCCAAAUGAAGUUUUGAAGAAUGGAAUGUAUUGCAGCCUUUAUGAAGUUGUAGAAAAGACAAGAAUUGGAAGUAACAUGGAGAAUUUACUGCAGAAACUAGAGAAAGAAAAACUUGUUCUUGUUAAACCUUUAGGAGACCGAGGAUACCUUUUUCUUCUCUCUCCUUAUCAGAUGGUUUCUCCAUAUGAACAUCAGACUGUCAGGUCUCGAAUCCUGCAUGCUUUGUUUCUAUUUCAAGAACCUAGAGCCGUAAUUACUACACAAAAACGUUCAACCAAUGCAGCACCACAAGAGAGGCAUGAGAGCAUGCCAGAUAUAUUAAAAAUAGCUCAAUUUUUACAAUUUGCUUUGAUUCAGUGUCGAAAGGAAUUCAAAAAUAUAAACACUAUAAAUUUUCAUUCUGUUGUUGAAAAGUAUGUAAGUGAAUUUUUUAAGCGAGGUUUUGGUUCAGGUAAACGAGAAUUUUUCAUGUUUUCAUAUGAUUCACGAUUAGAUGAUAGAAAAUUCUUAUAUUCGGCACCAAGAAAUAAAUCUCAUAUCGAUAAUUGUUUGCAUACCUAUAUUUUUCGGCCUGAAAUGUAUCAAUUACCUAUUUGUAAAUUAAAAGAGCUAUUUGAAGAAAAUAGAAAGCUUCAACAGUUUAGUCCACUUUCAGAUUAUGAAGGUCAAGAAGAAGAAAUGAAUGGUACAAAAAUGAAAUUUGGAAAACGAAAUAACUUAAGGGGUGAAACUAUUACAUCUGGAAAGCAAAAAUCAUCUCAUUCUUUGGAUUAUGAUAAAGAUAGAGUCAAAGAAUUGAUUGAUUUAAUUCAGUGUAGGAAAAAAAAUGUGGGUGGGGACCCAGACACACAAAACAUGAGAAGCAAAACUGUCUUGAAGAGGAAGCUCGAGGACCUACCUGAAAAUACGAGAAAACUCGCCAAAACCAGUAAUAUAUCCGAAAAUUGUCAUCUAUACGAAGAGUCUCCACAGCCCAUUGGCUUACUUGGGCAUGAUGCUGACUUGAGACAGCAGCAGCAGGAUACCUGUAACUCCGGUGUUGCUGACAUCCAUAGGCUGUUUAAUUGGCUAUCAGAAACAUUAGCUAAUGCACGCCAUUCUGAUGCAUCCCUGACAGAGACAGUCAACAAAGCCUUAGGAUUGAGCACUGAUGAUGCCUAUGAAGAGCUGAGGCAGAAGCAUGAAUAUGACUUGAACUCUACCUCAGAUAAGAAAGAAUAUGAACAGCCUACUUGUGCAAAAAUUGAAAAUACACAUUUUAAGGGUGCUCAAAGCCCAUUGCUAGAAGUUAAUGUAACAUCUUUAAAGUAUCCGGUUGCUGUUUCUACCAGUGAAGUAGGCAUUGACCAUAAGUUGCAUUUGAAAGAAGAUCCAAAUUUAAUUAACAUGAAUAAUUUUGAAGAUUGCAGUUUGUGUCCCACUGUUCCCAUUGAACAUGGAUUACAUAGACAGCAGUCUAAGUCAAAUAAUGUUGAAGAGACUGAAAUACAUUGGAAACUGAUACCAAUUACAGGAGGGAACGCAAGAAGCCCAGAAGACCAGCUGGGGAAACAUGGUGAGAAACAAACACCAGGUAUGAAAUCACCAGAAGAACAACUGGUGUGUCUGCCACCACAGGAAGCCUUUCCUAACGACCCCCGGGUAAUAAGUAGACAGAGAAGUUCUGAUUACCAGUUUCCAUCCUCUCCAUUUACAGACACACUAAAGGGCACCACUGAGGAUGACGUGUUGACAGGUCAGGUGGUGACAGUGGAGGAGCAGUGUGUGCCAGCAGCAGAGACGCCUGCAGUGAGUGAAACUACAGAGAGAACAGUGUUAGGAGAAUACAAUCUCUUUUCUAGGAAGAUAGAAGAGAUUCUGAAGCAAAAGAAUGUUUCAUAUGUCAGUAGAAUUUCCACACCAAUCUUUUCCACACAAGAGAAGAUGAAACGGCUUUCUGAGUUCAUAUAUUCUAAGACUUCAAAAGCUGGUGUACAGGAGUUUGUAGAUGGUUUGCAUGAGAAACUAAAUACUAUUAUUAUUAAAGCAUCUGCUAAAAGUGGGAAUUUGCCAUCAGUCAGUCCUAAUGAUUCUGAUACUAAGAUAGCAUUGAAUCCUCUGGGAAGGCAUAUUGUAUCAGUUUCCUCAAGUGACAUCAACAAUAAACACCUCCCUGAGUCACUUUGUAGUGAUGCUUUGAAAGACAACAACUCUAAUGAACAGCAUUCCUCUUCAUCAUUGAGUUUAACUGAAGGAGCAAUGAACCAGUCGCAUCAUGCUACAGAGGUAAUGGUGACUUCUGAUCAUACUGUACCUGGUGAUGCUGCCCGGGAACCAGUAGAAAAAGAAACAAAAUCACCCAGUGAUAUAAACAUCUCUGCCCAACCAGCUCUUUCAGAUUUUAUAAGCCAGUUGGAACCUGAAGUAUUUAAUAGUUUGGUUAAAAUCAUGAAAGAUGUCCAGAAAAACACUGUGAAAUUUUAUAUUCAUGAAGAAGAAGAGAGUGUGCUCUGUAAAGAAAUAAAGGAAUAUCUUAUCAAAUUAGGCAAUACAGAAUGCCACCCAGAACAGUUUUUGGAAAGAAGAUCAAAAUUAGAUAAACUAUUGAUUAUUAUUCAAAAUGAAGACAUUGCAGGUUUCAUUCACAAGGUACCUGGCUUGGUGACUUUAAAGAAACUCCCCUGUGUUAAUUUUGCUGGUGUUGAUAGCCUGGAUGAUGUUAAAAAUCAUACAUACAAUGAUUUAUUUGUAUCAGGAGGUUUUAUUGUGUCUGAUGAAUCAAUUUUAAAUCCAGAAGUGGUUACAAUUGAGAGCCUUAAAAAUUUUUUGGCAUUCCUUGAAGACCUUAGUACCCCAGAAGGAAAAUGGCAGUGGAAAGUUCACUGUAAAUUUCAGAAAAAGCUAAAAGAACUAGGCAGAUUGAAUGCUAAAGCUCUAAGUUUGUUGACACUUCUGAAUGUCUAUCAGAAGAAACAUCUGGUUGAAAUCUUGUCAUACCACAAUUGUGAUUCACAAACUCGAAAUGCUCCAGAAUUGGAUUGCCUUAUCAGACUUCAGGCUCAGAACAUACAACAGCGACACAUAGUCUUUUUAACAGAGAAGAGCAUCAAGGUGUUUUCCAGUUACACAGACAAUGGAAUAGUAGUUGCAACUACAGAAGACUUUAUGCAAAACUUUAAAACUCUUGUGGGCUAUCACAACUCCGUCACAGAAGAAAACCUUCCGUUGUUUGGUGCUAAUGAGAACCUUGAGUCACAGUCAGCUCUUUUAGAAAACGAUGAAAAGGAUGAAGAGGAUAUGUCUCUGGAUUCAGGGGAUGAAAUCUCACAUAUAGAAGUAUGCAGCAAUUUUCAUUCAGAAAUAUUGGCGAAAGAGACCAAAGGAUCCAGUGGAACAGAUCAAAAAAAGAAUAUUCAAAUUGAGUUGCAGUCAUCUCUUGACGUGCAAAAAAGUUUAUUAGAAGAUAAGACUUACCAAAUUGAUUCUGAAGAGAGCGCUUCUGUUGAUGAUAUAGUAUGCUCUGAAGGAGAGAACAGCAGUUCAGCAGAACAAGAUUCAUAUAGCAACUUUGAGGUUCACCAGAGUCAAUUAAAUAUGUCCCGUCAGUUUAGUCAUUUUAAUGUUCUCACUCAUCAGACAUUUUUGGGGACACCAUAUGCCCUUUCAUCAAGUCAGUGUCAAGAAAAUGAAAAUGACUUUUUAUCUGCUUAUACUCAAAGCUUGGAUAGAGAGAAACCUCCAUCUCCAAUAAAUUGGGGAAAAAAAUGAAAGAGAAAUGUGGUAACUUAAAAAAAAGGUUGUUGUGAACUUUUUCUGUUUAAGUGAAUUAACAAUUUAUUAACAAUUUAUAUUUCUUUCUCUAAGCAAAAGGUUUCUUAUCCUUUCUGAAAUGUUUUUCCUCUUAUUUAAAUCAUGAUGGCCUGUAUCAGUUGAAGCAUCUGAAAAUUGAAAUAAAUAUAUAUUUCUAACAUAUUGUAUUUGAAUUCUCAUGUUGGGACUUUUUAAGUUUUACAUUUGUUUUCUGUACUUAGGCUUCAUAUUGAAGUCAGUUUUAUAUGUAAAAUUAGAUGACUUAAGCUUUUGUGUAUAUAGGAUUUUGUGCAGUUUAGUUUACACAGGACAACAAGCAACUUACUUUUCUGUGGUCUAAUGCUAACUUCUACAUUUUUGAAAACUGCAGCAGUUUCUACAAUAAAUGUCAAAAUUUAGAGAAACUUCCACAGGAGCCUAAACUGGAUUUGGGUUAUUUAGUAAAAGUCUAAAAAUGUGUUAAGUCUUCUGGUACUCUCAGGUACAUAAAAGCCAUGGAAGAACAGGUCAGGAACUCCAGACUACUAAGGUAAGUUUUAUAGCACUGAGCUUUUACAAAAGUGUCUGCUUU